AUGGUGGUUUCAAGGACGAAGCGGACUGUUGAGCAUAGCGCGGAUCGCAGAGUGAGAGAACUAUACCGUUACUAUCAGCCUGCGGGCCCAUCGGGCUUGAUUCCUUCCUGGCUGCCCACGGUUGAGAACUUACAUUCCUCUGUCUCUUCCGGGACCCCGAGCACACCAGUUACUGGCGACGGAUCGACAAACGGGAGCGGCAGUGUCUCCUCGCGUUCAUCCACUGCGGUAGGACCGGAGGCGCUGGUGCUCGGGGUGUCCAACAAUACCUUGACUUCAUUUGCCCAACUCGCUGCCCUACGCCUGAAUGUGGAGCGUGCCUUCAUCUGUGUGCUGGAUCGAGACCGGCAAUACAUUCUCGCCGACUCUACGAAAACCGAUAAUCUAAAUUCGAAGUCAGUGCACGAUCAGAAAGAUAAUCUUUCGGUUGGGUCGACCGCCAGUCGCAAAGCAUGGAGCUUGUGCCAGGAAACUUCUGCCUUGCCCGCCUCGGAUCGCGAAACCCCGCACUACGAGUACCUAUCUAUCAACGAUUUGUCUGAGAAUGAGCGGUAUAAGCGACUCCCAUUUGUGGAGAAUGAACCCCAUUUUCGAUUCUACGCGGGAACACCUCUGACGACCGAUAACAAUAUAAACCUGGGCUGUCUGUUUGUGUUAGACAAAAACCCCCGCGAUGGGUUGACCCCGAUAGAAAGAGACACACUGGGAUCUCUGUCAAUGUUGGUCAUGGAUUAUCUGAAAGUUUGCCGACAAGCGUCCGAAGGCCGCCGGGCUGCCCGACUUUCCCGAGGACUUAGCUGCUUCGUCGAGGGAAGCUCAAGCUUUGUGGACAGCAUCGUCCCAUCUCGUGCGGGUAGCUGUCCUCCGUAUUCCGUCACCCCGCCACCGACACACAAUCGCAUCAGCAUGUCGGGAGGCUCCCGUGAGAGUCAAAGUGUUGGCCAGGUUUCCCAAGAGGAAUCACAGGGCUCUCCGAAGGACAGAUCGCUGAGCAAUGAUGCACGGUCUAUGGACUCUGGCGUAUCUGGCGCCUCCGAUUCAAAAAACGACGUGGGAACGUCAGGCGCAGCAAGCUCUCUGCCUGAAUGGCUCACAAGCAGUAGCCGCAACCACCUACCUCCCGAUGACUCCCAUGGCAACUCAUGGUGCUUCCGCCGCGCGGCGAAUCUGCUCCGCGAGAGCCUUGACUUGAGCAAUGACGGGGGCGUCAUUUUCCUGGAAGCAACCAAUAGCCCCUACAUGGAUAAUGAUAGUGGAAGUGAUUGCUCUGGAAAUCAUGCAGGUGGCCCGGCUACAAUCCUUUCUAUGUCAACCUACGAUGAACCUUUUUCCCCUCGAGCUGGAUCUGUAACCACUUCUCCUGCUGCCAACCUAGACCGAUCUUUCCUCAACCUGCUCCUUCGACGAUAUCCCAGGGGAAAAUUAUGGUCUUUCCAUCGCGAUGGCUUGAUUUCGACGUCAGAUGAUGAUGAUCAAAAGCCUCGCGACAAAGGCUCGUCUGCCAGCGGCCGCUCUCCUCCCCGUGCUCCACCUGUCGAUGCUACGAGACCACUUGGCAAGAGAAGGAAAGCUGCAGAGAACUCAUUGCUGAAUCAAUACUUCCCUGGCGCCACACAGAUUAUGUUUGUGCCUCUGUGGAAUGCAGUAAGCUCGCAAUGGUUUGCGGGCUGUUUCUGCUACACUACUCUCGAAACCCAGGUGUUCUCUACGUCUGUCGAACUGAGCUCCGUUCUCGGGUUUGGCUCGUCUGUCAUGGCUGAAUAUAGCCGCGUGGAGUCCCUUAUUGCUGAUCGCCAAAAGGGAGAUUUUAUUGGCAGUAUCUCUCAUGAACUCCGAAGUCCACUCCACGGUAUAUUAGCCGCAGCCGAAUUUUUGAACGGCACCAACCUUAAUGAAUUUCAAGAUUCGCUGCUUGAAACGGUCAAUGCGUGUGGCAGAACACUCCUUGACACGAUGAAUCAGGUCCUUGAUUUCAGCAAGGUUGUUUCGCUGGAGCGGACCUGGCGCUCUUUGAAGCGGAACAAGGAAUCACCACUCGACUUUAAGGGAACCGACAAGCUGGCAUCCCACCUAGACUCCUACGUGGUCACAGAUCUUGCUAUUCUAGCUGAGGAGGUGAUCGAAGGUAUUUGUUUAGGUCAUACAUACGGCCAAAAUUCAUAUGCCUCUGCCGAUCUCCCAGUUCUACUCUCUCACAAUCAUACCAAACAUUUGGGCCCAAGCUCCAAUGUGGACGUGGUCAUCGAUGUUCAACACCGAGACUGGAUAUAUCGAACUCAGCCAGGCGCCUUGCGGCGGAUAAUCAUGAACGUUUUUGGAAACGCUAUGAAAUAUACCGACCAAGGCCGAGUCACAUUAAGUCUGGAGGCCGAGAGCCACUCCGAGGGCCGCACUCGCCGACAAGGCCUCGAAGACAUGGUCACAUUGACCGUUUCAGAUACCGGAAGAGGCAUAUCAGAGGAGUUUAUGCGUGGGAAACUUUACACUCCGUUUGCACAGGAGGAUUCACUUGCGGUCGGCACAGGGCUGGGCCUAUCAAUUGUGCGUAGCCUUGUCAAGGCUUUGAAUGGCAACAUUCGUAUUCACAGCCGUCCCGGGGAGGGUACUGUCGUCCGCGUGAGGUUGCCUUUGGCCAGACCCGUUGGGGAAGAAAGCCCACCAGUUGAACCACAUGCCCAUAACGUCCAACAGCGGGAUCUGUUAGCGCAGAAUCUGCUGCUACGCGAUGGGUACGCUGGGAAGCGGGCUGCCAUCUGGGGCGUUAAUCCGGAGAACGUAACCCAGAAUCAGACAUGGGGUGAGAUCGCAAGGUAUCUCACUGAGUGGUUUGGUAUAGAAGUUGUUGAAUGGCCUUCUCCCAUGCCAUUGGAUGUUUUGCUCGUUCAGGAAGCCGACUUGGAACAUUUACGAACUGCUGGGCUUUCGGCGACUCUCCCAUCCCUUCUGAUUCUAUGCAGCAAGUCGGUGGAUUACAGCAUGGCCCUGUCCGAGUGGCUGCCGCUCGCCUCCUCUGUGGACCUCAUCAGACGGCCAUGUGGACCCCACAAAUUGGCUAGGAGUGUCUUAAAGUCCUUCCAAAAUUGCGGCUCGGCAGUGGUCACACCUAUGUCCAUGUUCAAGGACCCAAGAGAUCUGCCUAUUCGGACCCCGCCCAUGACUUCUAUGGCCACGUCUCCUGUCACUUCUUCACACCUGAACCCCCUUGUUCCUACUUCCAGCCCGAAAGAGAUUGUCGGUACUGGCCGGAGGUCACUCGAGAAUCCUUCACCAGAACAAGCGCUCUCGAUCAUCUCCGGAUCACCAAAUACCAUCCUCGCGGCCCCUUUGCCCCCGCCAUUGGUCGACGGGGCCAUCGAAUCAAAGCGGCCGACGCGUAUUCUCGUCGUCGAUGACAACCGAAUCAACCUUAAUCUCAUGAUGACUUUCAUGAAGAAGCGCAAUUUGACUGAACUGGUGUCGGCGGAGAAUGGCAAAUUGGCUGUAGAGGCGGCCGAGCGGAUGCAAAGUGGUUUCGACAUCAUCUUCAUGGACAUGUCGAUGCCUGUCAUGAAUGGGUUUGAGGCUACUCGUGCUAUUCGCUCCCUAGAGCGAGACAGUGAGAGCCGUAGACCCGCUAUCAUAAUCGCUUUGACUGGGUUGAGUAGCUCACGGGACGAGUCUGAGGCGCUGGCUUCCGGUGUGGACCUAUUCUUAACCAAACCUGUCUCUUUCCGGGAAGUAUCGCGCUUGCUGGAUGAAUGGGAGAGGGAUGGACUCACAGGGGAACGGAAUACACCAUGA